CUGUUGAUGGUCGGAACACGAGCCGCCGAUGAUAGGAAGGCUAGAUCAAGAUCAAUUAGAUGGUCGGCAUCAAACAAAAUGAUGAAAUCACUUCAGACGAUGUGCAAUGUGUAGGCCAAUUUAUUAUUGCACAAUUAUUAUAGUUACAGGCAUCAUUGGCUCAAGUUUUCCAUAACCUCAUGGAGUAGUUAACUGUCUAGGGUAGGUGACGGAUAUUAAGUUCAAGAUGGGUGAACAUCUUGUAGAAAAGAGCACUUGUGGGAAUAGACAAGUAGAAGAUAAUGAGGAGGAGGUGCAGGAAGAAUGUAAACAUUUACCAGAGGUCACUUUCACCAACAAAGGGUAUACAACAUUACCAGAAGCUGUAGAAGAAAAGCUGCCCUGCCCAUUUGGUGAUGCAUUCUUCCUGUCCAUACUUACAUUUUCUUGGUGCACGCAGUAUUUCAUGAAAGCUAUUAAGAGACCACUUGAGCGCUCAGAUUUGUUCCAGAUUCUGGAGAAGGACUCAGCUAAAAGAAAUGUUGAAAUAUUUGAGCGACUGUGGCAAGAAGAAUUACAAACCUACGGCCCCAAAAAAGCGACAUUUGUUCGUGUGUUUUUCUAUUUCAUUUGGAGAGACUUGUUUAAGGCCAGUGCCGUGCUUCUCAUAUCGUUAUCAGCUGCAUUUUGUACUGCUUGUGUGGCCGUCAGAAAGCUACUGGAGUAUGCAGAGGCAACUGAGUCACAUGUCCGCUAUGGGCUGUCACUUGUGGCUUUGCUAUUUGCCUGUCAACUCAUCACCAUCUGUUUCAUGGGUUUUACUUGGUACCUAAGCACAAGAGCUGGAGCCAGGCUUAGAGGUGCUGCCCUGGCCGCUGUUUAUCGCAAAACCACUCGUUUAAGAAGUAUGAAAGGAAAAUCUGCUGGUGAGAUUGUCAACUUGUGUACAAAUGACGGCCAACGUAUUUUUGAGAUGAUGUUGUUUCUGCCGUUCCUUUUUAUUGGUCCAUUAUUAGCUAUGGCUGGUCUUGUUUAUACAAGCAUUCUGAUUGGCCCAGCUGCUACUGUUGGAACUGGAGUGUUUUUCCUUUUUUAUCCUCUGCAGCUGGGUAUGUCAAAGGUCAUCGCAUACUUUCGUGCCAAAGGGAUUGUUGUCACAGAUCGCCGUGUGAAGAUGAUGAGUGAGAUCAUUAUGUGCAUUAAGCUUAUCAAGAUGUACGCUUGGGAAAAAUCAUUUGCCAAAACAAUUUCAGGUAUCCGUGAGGAUGAACGUGCAGUGUUGCAGAAGGCAGGGUAUGUCCAGAGCAUUAACACUGGUCUCACCCCUCUGGUACCAGUACUUGCCACUGUCAUUACCUUCUCAAUUCAUACCUUUCUUGGCAAUGAUCUGACGCCUUCACAGGCUUUCACUUACAUGGCGUGUUUGAAUGCCACACGUAUCAUUGUAGCUAUCACUCCAGCCAGCAUCAAAUACCUUGGAGAGACCAAGGUCGCUACGAUGCGCAUGCAGGCUUUCAGUUAUAUAUCUUGCUUAAAUUUGUUGCGUAUAAUCGUAAUAGCAACGCCCUUUCUAAUAAAGAGCUUAGGAGAGUCACUGGUAUUUACUCAACGUGCAUUGUAUCCAUUUGCUGAUGCUGUUGUCAUAAAAAAUGCAACGUUUGCAUGGGAUCGAGAAACAUAUGUGUCCAAAUAUGAGGAACAAUUGAAAGCCAAAUCUGGUAGAAGAAACUCAAAAAUAAUGCAAAUGAUCGGAAGAAGGAAUUCCAAAACAAAAAUUGCAAAGAAUUCAACUGUCAGUAAUGGAGGUGAAAGCUCAUUUCUCAUGCAAAAUAAAAACGAAGAAUUUGUGAAAAUUCUUUUUAAUAUUGAUCUUAAAAUUAAAAAGGGUCAACUUCUUGGGAUCUGUGGCUCUGUUGGCUGUGGUAAGAGCAGUCUGCUCUCAGCCAUCUUAAGUUUUGCUGUAAAAACUGAGGGCAGUGUUGCAAUAGAUGGGUCAUUUGCUUAUGUAUCUCAACAGGCAUGGAUUAUUAACGAUACGCUAUGCAAUAAUAUUUUAUUUGGCAAAGAAAUGGAUCAAGAGCGCUACAAGAAAGUGCUGUGUGCUUGUAGCCUUAAGCAGGAUCUUGAUAUGCUUCCAAAUGCAGAUAAGACAGAGAUUGGGGAGAGAGGAAUCAACCUUAGUGGUGGUCAAAAACAGCGUAUAAGUCUAGCGAGGGCGCUGUAUGCUAACUGCGAUAUAUAUCUAUUGGAUGAUCCUUUAAGUGCUGUUGACGGCCAUGUAGGACAGCACAUUUUUAACCAUUGCAUACUAAAAGCUUUAAAAGAAAAAACUGUUAUUUUUGUUACUCAUCAACUGCAGUAUUUGAACCGUUGUGAUGAUGUUAUUCUCCUGAAAGAUGGAUACAUUAUAGAACAUGGGACUCAUGCGGAGCUGAUGUCUCAUGAGGGAGAUUACGCAAACCUUAUUCAGACAUUUUAUAGUGAGCAUAAGGAUGAUAAAUCUAUUACAGAGUCUGAAGCGGAGCUUACGGAUGAGGAAGAAGAGUUAAAGGAAAUUGAUGUGAAGCUUAAAGUUGACGAUUUAUCCGACUUGCAGGACGUAUGUCCUAAGGACCUAUCUGCCAAUGAUGUACCAUUGAACAAGUCCAUGCAAUCUCUUUACGAGUCAGAAGAACAGGUCCACAGAGAUGGUAAAUUAAUUCAAGAAGAACAGAAGAGUGAGGGUGCUGUUGGACUUCAAACAUACAAGGCUUAUGUCAAAGCAAGUGGCGGGUACUGUGUGGCAUGUAUUGUCCUGUUGGUGUUCACUGCGACAAUUGGAUGUUCUGUAUUUAGCAACUGGUGGCUAAGUUUCUGGCUACACCAGGGAAGUGGAGAGAAUCAUGACAACUCCACUGAUAUUGAUGAUGACCAUGUAGGAAGUAUAACUGACAAUCCGGAUAAUCUGUUUUACCAGACAGUGUACAUGAUGUCAGCUGUAGCUUUCAUUCUGUUGACCUGCCUGCGCAGUUUCAUUUAUACUAAUAUUACGUUAAGGGCAUCCUCUCAAAUGCAUGACACUGUAUUCAAACAAGUUGUGUCUUGUCCAAUGAGCUUCUUUGAUACAACACCACUAGGCAGAAUUCUCAACCGUUUCUCCAAAGAUUUGGAUGAAGUGGAUGUCAGGUUACCAUUUAACAUGGAAUCCUUGAUACAGAACAGCAUCCUCAUCUUCCUAUCAAUUGGUACCAUCGUUGUAGUCUUUCCGUUGUUCCUCGUAGCAGUCGCUAUCAUGCUUGUCAUUUUCAUCAUCCUUGUUAAAUUCUUCAGGCAUGGAAUACGUGAGCUUAAGCAGUUGGAUAACAUUACACGUUCAUUUUGGUUCUCGCAUAUUAACAGCACCGUACUAGGAAUACCAACGAUCAGGGCAUUCAAUAAAGGUCCAGAAUACACAGCAAAGUUUGAGAAACUUCUGGAUGAACAUUCUGUAGCCAUGACUUUAUUUUACUUGGGUAAUCGUUGGCUAGCUGUUAGAUUUGAUAUCAUCACUUCCAUCAUGGCAGGCAGUACAGCCCUGUUUGUUGUGCUCUCUCAUGGGACUGUUCCUGCUGCGCUGUCAGGCCUAGCUUUAGCAUAUGCUACUCAAAUGCUGGGUAUAUUCCAAUAUACAGUUCGAGUUUCAUCAGAAGUUGAAGCAAGAUUUACGUCAGUAGAAAGAAUAUUUCAUUACAUAUAUAAUUUAGAUUCAGAAGCUCCAGCAGUUGUUAAAUCAAACCGUCCUUCAAUAGAGUGGCCGUCCAAAGGUGCGAUACAAGUGAGGGGGCUCAAGAUGCGCUACCGGCCUAACUUACCUCUUGUACUUAAAGGCAUAACAUUCAACAUUGAAUCGCAAGAAAAGAUAGGCAUUGUUGGUAGAACAGGGUCUGGUAAAUCAUCAAUAGGGGUUUCUUUAUUUCGACUGGUGGAGAAAUCUGCCGGCAGUAUAUUCAUUGAUGAUGUUGAUAUCUCCAAAAUUGGUCUUGAAGAUCUUCGUUCUAAGCUUUCCAUCAUACCGCAAGAUCCUGUGCUAUUUGUUGGAACUAUUAGGUAUAACCUUGAUCCUUUUUGCCAAUACUCAGAUGCACAACUAUGGCGUGCACUUGAAAGGACUUAUAUGAAAGAUACCAUUAAGGGUUUAGACAAGCAAUUACAGUCAACUGUUGUGGAAAAUGGUGAGAAUUUCUCUGUUGGUGAGAGGCAGCUGUUGUGUAUGGCAAGAGCUUUAUUAAGGAACAGUAAGAUAUUGAUACUUGAUGAGGCAACUGCUGCCAUUGAUACAGAGACUGAUAACUUAGUCCAGGCAACAAUACGUGAAUCAUUUAAGGAUUGCACUAUGUUGACUAUAGCCCACAGACUCAACACUAUCCUCGACUGCGACAAGAUAAUGGUGCUAAGUGAUGGCAAGGUUAUUGAGUUUGACAAGCCGUCAGCUCUCCUUUCCGAUGAAAACAGUACGUUUAGUGAAAUGAUGAUUGCUGCACAGAGUCAAGAACAAAAUGAGCAAUAGUACUAAUAUAUAAAUACAAUUCAAUUAUAUAAAUUUUGUUUGUGGCAGCUGUUUGUGUUGAUAAUUUUAUAUUUGUUAAAUGUAUAAUGCAGUUUCAUGGUCACAGCAAUUUAAAGAAAAAGAGGUUUUAUAAAAGUAGUGUUCUUAAAAAUGAGAUGGAAAUGUUAUUCAUGGUAAUGAAAUGCUAAAUAGUCCCUUCUGUCAUCCCUGUAUUUAAGAUAUCCUAAAUAAUGCUUAAGUUUGUUUUUAAAAGUCGUAAAUGGAUAAGAAUGAUAUUAAUUCAAUUUAUCAAAUGUGUCUUCAUAAUUGUUAUGAUUAAAACAAAUUAAAUUCUAAUAUUUUCAUUAGCAAUUGUCAACAGAUUUCAAAUAAAUAGAAUUAAAAAUCAAUUAAUUAGGCCAAACACCCAAGAAAAUUCAAUUGAAAAGUGAGUGGAUUCAACUAAACGCAUUAAGUCCAGUUAAUCAAAGUGGUACCAAUUUAUUAAUUUAAUAAUUUUAUUAUACAUGUUACACUUAUUGUAAUUCCAAGCACAUUCUAAAUAACUAGAGUUGGUUUCAGGAAAUAUAUAUUAUGACUUUUAAAAUUUCUAUUGAAAAAAUGUAAUACAAUAAUCUUGUUGUAUAGGUGCUACCAUGUUAAUUAUUUGUAAAGUUGUUCACUCACUGUUUGUAUACAUUUAAACAAUAGAUGACAUCGUUUAAAUUAUUCUUAAUUGAGUGUUGUUAUUAGUAAUGGUUACAGUAUUGUAUUAUAAUUUGAAGUAAAAGUAUCUUUUUUCUACCAUCAUGUUUUAAAUUGUAAAGCAGUAAAGUACACAAUUGGUAUAAGUGUUGCUUCCUGUGUACUCAUGUUUGCCAUUAUUUACAAGUUGUCAUAUCGGCGUUUAAAACAAUGACCGUGUAAUGAUAAUGUGAAGUGCAUAGAGGGCUUAUCAUAUAAGUCUACCAUCAUUAUUAUCAUUAUUAUUAUUAUCAUGUGCUCUGAAUCAUUCUCUGUGCUACCAUGAGUCAGUCUUUCAUGAUUUACAGUGCAAGCCUUCCAAUAGAAGUAAUGUGAUAAUGUUUUGAAUGGUAUUUAGCGACAUCGUGAAUAAUGGUCUACCACAAUAAAUUCACGUACAGUAUUUUAAUAAACAAAA